AUGAAAACACACACCGGUGAAAAACCUUUUUCUUGUAAUAUCUGUGAUUUUAGAUUUAGUUUUAAAAGUAGUUUGAAAACCCAUAUGAAAAUACACACCGGUGAAAAAUCUUUUUCGUGUAAUAUCUGUGAAUAUAGCUGUAUUAGAAAAAGUAAUUUGCAAACACAUAUGAAAACACACACCGGUGAAAAACCUUUUACGUGUAAUAUCUGUGAAUACAAAUAUAUUACAAAGAGCCGUUUGCAAACCCAUAUGAAAAUACACACCGGCGAAAGACCUUUUUCAUGUAAUAUCUGUGAAUAUAAAUGUAAAUAUGAAAGUACACACCGGUGA